UCAUUCUGCCUACUAGACAGCCUACGGAAUGGUUGUCCCUUCUCUUUUUUAUUGAUUUAUAUUAACUUCAAUUUUUGCAACUUUUGAGAGAUGAAAAGCCCUUGCUGCCAAUGUGCGCAAAACCGAAAAGAAGCAGGCCACAAUGAAAAAAGAUGAGGAGAUUGAUGUCCUGAACCCAGUGGCCCAAUUAAACGAAUAUGCACAAAAAUUUUAUAAAAAGUAUCCGACUUUCGAGUUUGUCAAAGAACAAGCCGUGGGCAAGCACAGAGUAUUUAUUAUCCAAGCAACAUUUGAAGACAAAACUCUGGAAGGGAGAGGUCCAAGUAAGAUGAUAGCAAAAAGAGCAGCUGCCGAAGCAAUUCUCGAGUCGAUUGGGUUCAUAAAACCAUCGCUAAGUAUAGGCGCUUGUCCGGGACAGCGAUUCCGUUUCACUUGUUCCGCACGGAACCUGAAAGGCGAGAAGAGAAUAAGGAAAGAAACCAGAGACAAUCGGUACGGGAAAAGCAGAGAGGCCACAUGAGAAGAAUUUUUACCGAAAACAGCUGUAAGAGGGAAGAUUGGCAAAAUACCAGAUUGUCCUACAAGAGUUCGACAUCACGAUAGUCUAUCGACCUGGUAAAGCAAACGCCAUGUUAAAAAAUUCUCUCGCAAUAAUUUUGUUGUACGUUUACAUGGAGGUCCCGCCGGAAGGAGAACUUCUUUUGCCGCGAAGCUGAAUAUUUUUUGUAUUUGAAUAAAUUAUUUUUUAUUUGACAA